GGCUCCAGCGGGGCCGCGGUUCCUUAAAUAGGCCGAUUAUUACGGAGAGGACAAAGUUGCACAUCGUUCUUAUAUAAAACAGACUUCUGAUCUUACCUCGCCAGAUCAAAUCCAGGGCUUGUUGAUCAUUCAGGUUCAGAACACCUCAACCAAGGCUUCGCCAUGGCAACCUCCAAGGCAUUGCCUCUGGCUUUCAUGGAUGCUCUUAGUCCAGCUGUGUCAUAUUUUCGGCCCGAUAUAACAACUUCAACGACUCCCAAAACCACAGCCACAACCACAACCUCUGGUGAUCCUCCACUGAUUAUCAUUCUUUCGUGGUCGGAAGCUCGCGAUGUUCAUAUAGCAAAGUACAUCUCUCAGUAUCGCGAACUCUAUCCAACAUCUGCCAUGCUCUUGUUCCGCGCUUCCACCAAGCUAUACAUUCAGUCAGCUCUACGUCGUCGCCUGUUUGAGCCUGCUUUGCCAAUUCUACAGUCAGUUGACACCAAGGAAGACGAUGCACCCAACUUUCUCAUCCAUAUCUUUUCCAACGGGGGUGUCAGUUCUGCUGCCACGCUUUGGGAGAUAUGGGAAACUUCACUAGGCGGUAAACCUAUUCCUCGACAUGCUGUCGUGAUGGACUCGUGCCCUGGAUACUUCCAUUGGAAACGAGAUCACCAUGUCCUGUCAACCGGACUUCCACCAUUCCUAUCUCCCGUCGUCUGGGUAUUUCUGGGUUUUGCAUGGGUGUACUACAAACUAUGGCUGGGUGUGGAACCACAUACCGCCUAUGCCUCGGCUCUCAAUACGCCUGAGAGAAUCAGCCGGGAGACUAUGCGGGCAUACCUUUACGGAGAUGCAGACCUCUCAGUUGGUUGGGAGGAUGUGGAAUCACAUGCUCAACAAGCAAAGGAUAAUGGCGCUGUAGUCAGAACAGAGAAAUUUGCUGGAGGUGCCCAUGUCGCUCAUGUCAGAGCUGAUGCUGAUAGAUACUGGAAGGCUGUCCAGGAGACUUGGCAAGGGGAAGAGCUAUAGAUUAGAUAUUCAUCGUUGUGUAUGAAUAUAAUAGACAUUAUUAAUUCCAUAGAUAGAUAUAUUACAUUCGCUCAGUAUGGUUGCGUAGCCUCCAAGGUCCUGAAAGUCCCUGUUCAUUAUUCAUUACCAUAGUUUCUUCUCAU